AUGGAUCCAUCACGAGGCUCCAUGUCUUCAGCAGCAGCUACAUCAGCCAAUAAUCCUGCCACUGUGCCUCGGAUCAGAUACCAAACAGCCGAACUCCUUGUCCAGGAGAUUUACAGGACGCAAAGGAAGCAAGGCGAUAUCCUCUAUGUCGAAGAUGUAUCUCUACAGGUCUUUUCUAUCAUAGAGAAGUUUAGGGAAGACCACAACCGAAAAUAUCGGUUUAGGCGGUUUUAUCCAGAACAUCGUCUACUUGUUAUGGCACUCCUAACUAGGUGUCACGAAGCAUUGAGCAGCACCUUAGUCAACUGCAUCCACAAAAGGAUUCGCGAAAUGGGGUUAGAGAAUCACUGGAACCCAACCCGUGGCGCAACGUAUUGGCAAGAAGCAGACGGCAGCGUGGGACUUGGAGAAGGUGACUCGAGCGGGCACCCGAUCCAGCCAGGGGUAAGGAGCUGGAGGGGAUGGCCUACGCUUGUCGUUGAAGCAGGGUGUUCACAAUCUCUAGAGCAUCUACGGGAUGACAUGGGGUGGUGGUUCAAGGAAUCAAAUCACCAGGUCAAAGUCGUCCUUUUAAUCAAGUUUCAUCCCGGUCCACUGGAAGAAAUAACCAUUGAACAAUGGCGAGAGCGGCCUAUUGGUUCUUCUGGUGUGCAGCUUGAGCUAGCCUGCCAACAAGUUGUCAACAUCGCGAGGAACUCAGCUACGGCACAUAGAACGCUUCCCUUGUCGUACACCGUCACUGGAGGUGCGCUAGAGCUGAGAUUUCCCGAUCUCUUUCUUCGUGAUCCAGGCGAAGGGGAGGGAGACAUAGUUGUUGAGGCUGAGGGAUUGCAAUGGCUUGCUGCCACGGUCGGGCACUCCAUGUUCUAA